AUGUGCGUUGAUUACACCAGUCUCAACAAUGCAUACUCGAAGGAUUGCUAUCCCCUUCCAAAGGUCGACCAGUUGGUCGACGCUACGGCCGGACACGCCCGCCUCUCGUUUAUGGACGCCUUCUCGGGAUACAACCAGAUCAGAAUGGCACCCGAAGACCAAGAGCAUACGGCCUUCCUCACCGAUCAAGGUGUUUACUUUUACAAGGUCAUGCCCUUCGGAUUGAAGAACGCCGGGGCUACAUACCAGAGAACAGUAAACAAGAUGUUCGCCCACCAGAUCGGGCGGAACAUGAAAGUUUACGUCGACGACAUGAUUGUCAAAAGCCAAGAGGCGGGAGCCCACCUGACCGAUCUGGCCGAGGCGUUCGCCACGCUGCGCAAGUACGACAUGAGACUCAACCCCGCGAAGUGCGCCUUCGGCGUCACCUCGGAAAAGUUCCUCAGGUUCAUCAUACACGAAAGAGGAAUUGACGCCAACUCGGAGAAAGUCUAG